AUGGUGACGACAGCACGGGCAAAAAGCAACCGCCACCACUCCGGACUAUCAAGCUUCAGCACCUCAACCGUCUUUACAGCCCAUUUCAUCGCUCGGGCACCUCUUCAAGAUCCGAACAGAGAGACCUACCGCCGUCGCCACUCGGAUGGAGCCUUGCCGCUGAUAGAACCUGGCACAGAUUCGCGGACCAUCCGACUUCGAUGCCUCAUCAGAUCUUUUCGGACUGAUCCUACAGAGGGGGCCCCCCAGCAGAACUUUGAUCUACGCCUGUCUACGGGUAGCCUAGCCGGAUGGUCGGACGACUGGGCUCUCAUGUACGAGCCUCCAAGGACGAAAUAAUGGCGGCUAUUCAAGCAAGCAUUCUUCUUAGUCCGAGUCCGACUAAGCCUUGCUGCAAAUCUCUCGAGUAAAGCCUUACCAGCUACUCGGAUAUCAAAACGACCGGCUUCCGGGUACGCUUUUGCUUGGAAAAAGAUUGUUGUUGAAUGCCAAGAAGGAAAUGCCAAACCGCUAGGUAGAUGGUGCCGAGUAACUGCCCGGAUCUACCGGGGAUGACGUCGAUCAUGAAUGCCAGCCACGCAGGACGGGCGCGGCGUUGAGCAGAUAGACUUUGGAUCUAACGGCAGAAGAUCUAGACUGAUGGCCACCAGGUUCUUCCCAUUAGGCUCCAAUCCCCUUCCACGUUAGGGUACCGGAUGCAACCUCCGCUAUUCGCUAUAAAGUUGCUAACAAUACG